CCAGAGCGCGCGCACGGGAGACGCGCUCAUUAAAACCUACAAUCAUCGGUCCCUCACAGCUCAUUUAACCAGUCUGCCUCCUCUCGAAGAGCUUCACCGUCAUUCACUGUUAAAGUCCGCUCGCCAGAGAACCUUUGACGCGUCGGGAGAGUUUGGAUAAAUGGGUCCCUUCUGUAUUGUGCUUUUCUCUUUGUGCGGGGUCCUGCAGGCACAAGAGGCCAACGAUUCGAUCUCGCUGGACGACUGCUGUAAAGAUGGCAAGGAGAGAGGCCAAGAGCCGCAGGACUGCACGAGUCUUCCACUCAUCUCAGAAUCCACAACCUGCAGGAUAGCCCAAGAACAGUGUUGUGCUGCGGUACUUGAAGACAACACCUGUACCAACGGCAUCAACAUGGCGAAAGACCAGGGAAGCUGCCACGCCCUCUUGUCCAGCAGUACAUGUGAAACGAAGACGGCGAAGAUGUGCUGCGAGUGUUGUUUGCUUGGCCGGGCGGCCCAGGAACGGGGUCUGUCAUGUGACCUCAGUCUCCCCGUGGGGUAUCAGUGUGGUCUGGUUUCCCGAGCAUGCUGCGUGGACCGCUCGCCGGACAGUGACGGAAAGUAUACACAAGAUCCAAAUUCACAUGGUGCAAUAUCGAUUGCAGAGGACCAGUGCAAAGCUGCCAGAUGUGCUCAUCGAUGUGUCGGUAACGGCACAUGCGCUUGUUCUGAGGGACACAAGUUGAAAGCCGAUGGAAAAACCUGUGAAGACAUUAACGAGUGUUUGUUGGGGUCUCAUCACUGUCGUACUGGUGAACGUUGUAUCAACACAAUGGGCUCGUAUCGUUGUCAGCGAGAGGUCAGCUGUGGCACGGGUUACGAACUCACGGACAACAACAAGUGUGAAGAUAUUGAUGAAUGUGAGAUGGGCACACACAACUGCGCUCUUGAACUCCAGUGUCAGAAUACUGCCGGGUCGUUCCGAUGCCGCCCCAAAGUGCAGUGCAGCGCAGGAUUCAUACAGGACGCGCUUGGGAGCUGCAUCGAUAUAAACGAGUGUUUAAGUGUAACCGGACCAUGUCAACCGGGUCAGAUGUGUUUUAAUACAGUCGGAUCGUACACAUGCCAGAGAAACACGGUUAACUGUGGCCGUGGAUAUCACCUGAAUGCAGAGGGAACUCGCUGCAUUGAUAUUGACGAGUGUGCUGGACCUGAUAAUGCCUGCGAUGGUCAUGGCUGCAUUAAUCUGGUGGGCUCAUACCGCUGCGAAUGCCGAUCCGGUUACACCUUCAAUAGCAUCGGCAGAGUCUGUGAAGAUGUCAAUGAAUGCAGGAAUUAUCCUGGACGUCUAUGUGCUCAUAAGUGUGAGAAUGUCCUGGGAUCCUACAAAUGCAGCUGUACAACUGGCUUCAAGCUAGCCAGUGAUGGGAGAAACUGUGAAGAUCUCAAUGAAUGCGAGUCGAAUCCCUGCAGUCAGGAGUGUGCAAACGUGUAUGGAUCCUACCAGUGUUACUGUCGCCGUGGUUACCAGCUAAGUGAUGUGGAUGGAACCACUUGUGAGGAUAUUGAUGAGUGUGCUCUGCCCACUGGUGGACACAUCUGCUCUUACCGAUGUCACAACACACCGGGAAGCUUCCAAUGCACGUGUCCGAUGACAGGAUACACUCUCACCCCCAAUGGACGCAGCUGCCAGGAUAUCGAUGAGUGUGUAACCGGCACACACACCUGUACGGAGUCCGAGAGCUGUUUCAAUGUUCAGGGUGGAUUCCGGUGCCUGAAAUUCGACUGCCCGGCCAACUACAGACGCUCCGGAGAAACCAGGCCAAGGGUCGACCGUGCGGAUAUCAUUCGUUGUGUGAAGUCCUGCCAACCCAAUGACAUUUCUUGCGUACUCAAUCCCAUCCACUCCACUUCCCACACGGCCAUCUCGCUCCCCACCUUCAGAGAAUUCACCAAACCAGAAGAAAUCGUAUUCCUGAGAUCCACGACUCCUUCACACUUCCCUCACAUGGACUCCCAAGAGAUCGUCUACGACAUUCUAGAAGGAAACACCCAGAACUCCUUCGACAUCGUCAAGCGUCUCGAUCAUGGCAUGAUCGUGGGUGUGGUGAGACAGGUGAAGCCGUUGGUCGGUCCUUUGAGCACCAUACUGAAGUUGGCAUUGAACUACGUCACAAACGGGGUCGUUUCUCACCGGAACAUCAUCAACGUUCACAUCUAUGUGUCUGAAUUCUGGUUUUAAAAAUGUCCCCAUCAGACUUUCUGUUUUAAUAUUUUAGGUGUCCAUUUAUGAAAGUAUCAAUUCACCUUGGAGUCCCCCAAAACAUGUUCUAGCAAUGUUCUGAAUGAUUGCAAAAGAAAGAAAAUGUAAAUCCUGUACAGCCUGACAAACAGAUACAAUUCAUACCAAUUUAGACAAACUAAUUGAAACAUAAAGGAAUAAUGCACACACAAAUUCAAAUUUAGCUUAUAUUUACAUUUAUGCAUUUGGCAGACGCUUUUCUCCAAAGCGAAUUACAGUGCACUUAUUACAGGGACAAUCCCCCCGGAGCAACCUGGAGUUAAGUGUCUUACUCAAGGACACAAUGGUGGUGGCUGUGCGGAUCGAACCAGCAACCUUCUGAUUACCAGUUAUGUGCUUUAGCCCACUACGCCACCACCACUUACCCACAUAUUGUUCCAAACCCAUGACCUAUACAGUACAUGUAACUAUAUUUCAUUUAUGCAUUUGGAAGACACAUUUAUCGAAAGCAAUGCAUUCAAGGUAUAUAUAUAUAUAUUAAUCAGGUUGUAGACAAUAUAUAUAUAUAUAUAUAUACACACAAUGGCAGCCAAAAGUUUGGAAUAAUGUACAGAUUUUGCUGUUUCGGAUGGAAAUUGGUAAAUUAAUUCACCAAAGUGGCAUUCAACUGAUCACAAAGUAUAGUCAGGACAUUACUGAUGUAAAACAGCACCAUCACUGUUUGAAAAAGUAACCUUAUCCUUGAGUAAUCGUGCUAAAUUGAUCAUUUGAUACUAGAAAAUCACUUGCCAUUAUAUCAAACACAGUUGAAAGAUAUUUGGUUCAUUAAAUGAAGCUUAACGUUGUCUUUGUGUUUGUUUUUGAGUUGCCACAGUAUGCAAUAGACUGGCAUGUCUUAAGGUCAAUAUUAGCUCAAAAAUGGCAAAGAAAUAAACAGAUUUCUGUAGAAACUCAUCAGUCAAUCAUUGGUUUGAGGAAUGAAGGUGAUACAAUGCUUGAAAUUGCCAAAAAACUGCAGAUUUCAUCCAAAGGUGUAACUACAGUCUUCAAAGACAAAGCACAACUGUCUCUAACAAGGACAGAAAGAGAUGUGUAAGACCAGAUGUGCAACUAAACAAGAGGAUAAGUACAUCAGAGUCUCUAGUUUGAGAAAUAGACGCUUCACAUGUCCUCCGCUGACAGCUUCAUUGAAUUCUACCCGCUCAACCCCAGUUUCAUGUUCAACAUUAAAGAGAAGACUCAGGAGGACUUAUGGGAAGAAUUGCAAAGAAAAAGACACUUUUGAAACCGAAAAACAAAAAGAAAAGUUUAGAGUGGGCAAAGAAACACAGACAUUGGACAACAGAUAAUUGGAAAAGAGUGUUACGGAUCUUCACCCCAUUGAGCUUUUCUGGGAUCAGCUGGAUCAGGGGUCGGGAACGUUUUUCACUAAGGAGACACAUUUAAAAUUUUUGGUUGAUGCAUUUUUUUCAAAAGAGCCAAAAAUAAUUGACAAUUUUCUAAAACAAAGUUUUUCAAUAAAAUACGAUGUUUAUUAUGCCCAUAGACUACUCAAAAACAAACAAAUAUGCAAACAUUAAUAGGUAACAUGUUGCAAUAUGGAUUUGAGUACACGUGUUUGUGCGGGUCUCCAUGAAAUUACUUAUUUUACAAUUGUUCAUUAAAUGCAAACUGCAAAAAUACAAACUCACAGCACCUCACGAGAUGAUCGGAGAUCAUGUGCAGCAUUCUCAUAGACGACAUUAUUCUCGCAAACAGUUUUCAGUCGAAUGAAACAGCGAAUCAGACACGAGCAUUGACGACUUUUCUUUUGUCUGUUCUUAAAAAUAUAAUAAAGAGCGUUUCUUCAAGCACGUGUCUUUUUGACUAACAGCAUUUCUUGUCAUGUGUCACUCCGAGACGUCUUACAGUUUUCCCGCCCGUUGCAGUUGUGAGUAAAAUUACUCACGCAUAAAAUACCUGCAUUUGAAUGAGGAGCUCGCGAACUGGAUUGAGGCUUGUCGCAUUUUGAGGGUGGCGGGUGCAUUUCACACCCUGGGCGCACAUAAAAAAAUAACAAAAACCUUCGUAAAAUCACAGCAUUUGUAAAAAAACAGCUAAGAUUAGUAGUUAUUGGGUAAUGAGGUUCAGAACUCUAUGCGCUUUCAUUGCACUCGUGAACAGCAGAACGUAAUGUGCACACAUAUCAAAUCAGACGUGCAUCGGCGGCUUUUCUUUCAUCUGUUCUUCAAAAUAUAAUCACACAUAUUUCAUCAUAUGCGCGUCUUUGUGUCUAAUUUCUUGUCAUGUCACUCCGAGAAGUCUUAAAGGUGGCCUUCCACAGUGGUGGUACAUCAGCAAAAUACUCUGCAUGAAAAAUCGAACAAACCUUGUUCACCAGGAGUAGGCUGUACUACAAAUUUGGGAGAAAGGAAAUCAAAACAGCGUCAUUGACUUCAGGCUUUGCAAUCGGUGCGAUUGCAAAGCCUGAAGUCAAUGACGCUGUUUUGAUUUCACACUUUCUGUUGGAAAAUGAUCUCUAGAAAGUUUUAAACGAUCAUGUGUUGGUGACUGGUGAGACACCUGGCGAGCCACUUGUAGCUUACAAGACCCCUGAGCUAGAAUGUAAGGUGCCCGACAAGACAGACACAUCUAUGGCAAGUGCUACAGGAAGCGUGGGGUCAAAGGUCACCUCAGUGUCUGGACAAACCGACAGCUUGAAUAACAAGGAUCUGCAAAGCGGUCAUUGCUGCACAUGGAGGAUUUAUUGAUGAAAAACUCUUUGAAGUAGUUACAGAAGUUCUGAACAUGUUUUUCAAAUUGUAAUAGUAAUUUAUCACGUUAUUAAUGUCCUGAUUAUACAUUGUGAUCAGUUGAAUGCAACUUUAGUAACUUUUAGCUGCCCAUGUGUGUGUGUGUGUGUGUGUAUAUAUAUAUAUAUAUAUUGGGUUCACCGAUAAUUGAUUUUUGGAACUAUUAGUUAUCAAAAAAAAAUAUUCUGAUAGUUGCUGAUUUCAAAUGUAUUCUUUAUUUUUAUUCCUUAUCAAUAAAUCUGAUCUGGUGAUAUUUAUACAUACAAAACUCUUCAUCUUGGGAAAAUAUAGGCUUUAAAAAGCUGCAUUUGGUAAAUACAUAUUGAGCACCAUAACAGACCCAAGUCUCUAUCAUUUCAAAAUAAGAGUCCCUGGUGUGUUUCCGGCUUGUUUAUAGUCAAAAGUCCUGCGUAAUGCACCAUAUCUGCUUUUGUAAUUGUAUACAUUUUUCUAGAAAUCGAUUUUAAAACACUAUUGGCCGAUUAAUUGGUUAUAUGCCAUUUCCAACAUCUUAGGUAUUGGUAAAAUCAACUAUUGUUCGACCUUUAUCAGGUGGUGUGUUCACUAGGAAUUGGACCCAUGACCCUAGCAUUGGUAGCACAAUGCUUUACCAGUUGAAUUACAUGAAACCGCAUAAGCAUAUAAAUGGACAACUAAAAUGAAUGAUUUCCAUCUUUUAACCAACCACACAAGUUUUACAAGAGGAACAUCACAAUAGGAUAUUCAAGAAUGUUGCAUGCUGGGACUGAUGCCCUGCUUUAGACGCCACCCUGUUUAAAUCGGCGGGAAGACACAAUUUGCUGCUCUAAUGCUUUUUAUUAUAGAAUGAAAAAGCAUGUUAUUUUUUUCUUAUUUGCUACUGGUUUCCUCUUUAGCUGCUUUUAAGAGUUGGACUGAAGGCGUUUCUAUGAAUCGAUGUGAGCUCAUCUUUUAUAGAGCUGAAGAAAUGAAUGUUUGGUUGAUGAAUCGACACUGAUUGUAUGCUUGUACACACUCCGCAUUCCAUAAUGUAUUGUAUGCAUCACAGACUGUGUCAUUAAAUUUUUUUUUUUAGAUUUCUACUCCUAAUUUUUUGACUUAUAGGGAAUGAGGUUUGGGGCGUCACAGAAUACUUGGAACGGAUGUUCACAUUGGACGCAUUCUCAUGUUUCGUCUGCACGGUUUAAUUGUUGGUCUAUGUAACAAUGCCCUAGAAUGUCCUUCAUUGGCGAUGUGUUUUUAAGAUGCUGUCUCAUGUUUAAACUGUGAAUUCGGCAACAAUAUAGGUUGAAAGUUUUACUGCUAAAAUCAGUGUAAUCACUGCCCCCAGUGGCUGAAGCUGGAAGUGUUGUUGAACGCAUGGCUACGCAUGAGCUCCAAUUUCCUAGGUUAAAUGUCCACAGGGUGGCGCCAAAAACAAGUAUUUUUGUUGUAAAUGGUGUAAUACAGUCAACAUGAAUGCAUAUUUUAUUAAGUGCACAUCCUAACCCAAACUCUAACCCUAAACAUAACCGUCAGUGGCAUAAACAUUUAAUUUUACUGCAAAAAUGCAAUCUUCGAGGUGCGCUCACUAUUGUUUAUGUAAACAAUCACUUCCUGGUUCCCACUGGACUAGAACCUGUGAAGUUUACAUUUCUGUUGUGGAUCAAAAUGCACAGUUUUACAUAUGCCAAAUGUCUAGUAACAUAAAAUGUGAUAGUAGUCAUGUAUUCAUUGAAUUAAUGAUAUUGUUCA